AUGGCUUUUAGUCUCAAGACGGGGUUGCCUAUCAGUGUUGCGCAAGUGCUUGGUCCAGAGUGGCGUGGUGGGGCGUUGGUGCAACUAGAUGAUACCCUUACCCGCCCCGGUAGUGAAGACCUGGUUCUCAACCACUGUUGGGUAAAACCUUUCGUUCAAAGAUUUCGGGAUCGAGUACCUUCCUCGUUUUUCAUCACUGACGUGUUCUUGAUGCUUGACAAGAUCUUCUCUGUUGGGGGUACCACGUUGCUUUGUCCGCUUGAAGAAGGGGACUCCAAACAAAGUUUGGCUGGCAACGAAGCCAAGAAAAUCAAGCUUUUGAUUGGCAACACCGGUGGCCAUCCCAAGAUUUGUGAACUCAAAUCUCUUUUGCUCCCAUCCCCAACAAGGGCCAAGGCCAAAGCGGCUGAACCCCUUGCAGCGGCUAAGCAGGAAGAGGCGGAGUCGGAGUCUAUGGCCAGUGGUGACGAGGAAGGGGAUGCUGGGGUUGGUGAGCAAGGUGAGGUGUCAUGUGAGUCGCUCCAAGAUUCCGAUGGAGAGGAUGUGGCACCGGGAAGUCGUGGUCUACAUGCGUCAUUGCGAGUGGGCAUUCCAAAGGUUUGGAAUCGCAGCAAGCGGGAUCUCUCGCCAACUUCCCAUGCGGAGCUCACGCAACAGCACCCUCAUGGCCGGGCUGCUGAAGCUGCCCUUCAACGGAAGCAUGAGGCCGAAAUGGUCAGGAAUGCCAAGGCCGGGGUGGAGGAGAAUCCGGUCAAGAAGGUUUUGCAGAUUGCCAAGGAGAACGCUGAGAAGGGGGUUGGGAAGGAGUACAAGGGUGAAGUUGGCAAGAUCCCUAAGCUUGCUCGGCUUUCAUCAUCGGCCGAUCUCAUGGCUAAGGGCAUGAAACGCUUCAAGGAGGAACAGUCGGGUGGUGAUGGUGAACCUUCAGAACCUUCCAAAAAGGCAAUCGAAGUCUUGCUGAAGACACAUGCCUUUGUCGUCAAGCGCGUGGCUCCUGGCGGUGGCGAAGGCUGUCGCAAAGGGCAGGUAUCUUGGAAGAAACAUGGCUCUGUUCAGAAGGCGUGGGAAGCAGCCAGGGCAAGUGCUAACUGGCCUGAAGAUUGUGUCGCAGCAGCCUUUGUCUUUACCUUAAGUUGCCAGCGCAGGAAGGUAAAGCAGGCCAGUGCUCAAAUGCCAUACCGUGCUGAAAAGGAUGAGCCCAAGGUGGUCAUGAUGCUAGCCAACCUUGUUUUCUCUUGCCCAAACUUGAGUUGGAACGAGCCGACGGAUCACGUUGAGCUGUUUGCCGGUGUCUGCUCGAUUACCAAGGGAGAGUGGGAGGAUACCGACAAGGUUUGGGCCCUGCGAUUUCACAACAUGGGACAAUGUGUUGAGUUCGGCCGAGCAUUUGCAAAGGUCAGGACCAAGCACUUCAGGAAGCACAAGUCCGAAGCCCGCCGAUUCCUGCGUGGAACACUGCAGGAUAAAGCGGGCCAGCCACUGGGAAUCGCUGGGGUGAUUGAUGAUGUGACAGGAACCAAACCAGAGAAAGUCCGCAAGUCUGCUUUGAGGAAGUCAGGCUCAGGUGACAAGCCAAAGUCAAGUUCCAAGCAGAGCAAAGACACUGCCAAGAGUUUGAUGAAGGCAGAGAAGGCGGAUCAAAAGAAAAAAGCCACCAAGACUUCCAAGGAACUCAGAGCCGAGGUGUUGAAGCGAGCCACUGCAGCCAACAGCAAAGCGAGGCAUUCUUCCUCUACGACAUCCUCGUCUUCGAAGAAGGACAAGGACAAGUCUCAAAAGAUUGAAAAGCCCAAGGAGAACAAAGGGAGCCAGGCCACCAAGAAAGAGAAGAAAGAGAAGAAAGAGAAGAAAGAGAAGAAAGAGAAGAAGGUAAGAAAGGACAACAAGAUCUUGAAGAAAGAGAAGAAGGGCAGCAAAGAGAAGGAUAGUAAGAAGGAAAAGGAGGAGGUCACACCAAGUCCAAAGGCCGCACUGCUGCAGAAGGCGCUUUCCAAGGAAAGCACUCCACCACCUGUGACGCCCCCGGCAAAAAGACUUCGAAUGAAGUCUCCUGCCGGCAGCCAAGCCACAGAUGCCAGUACUGACCACUACGCAGGCAAGAAGGAAAGGUCAGCAGCAGCAAUGCAUGAGAGGCUGUACGAGAAGUUAGAGGAGGCGGUUUCUGAUGCAGAGUUGCACGCAGAGAUGGAUGCGGCAGGUAUGCUGGACCUACUUGAGGACUUGAAGUCGAAGGCGAAAGGUUCAGAGACAGCAGAGGCAGAUGCUUUGAAGAAGUCGCAGCAGGAACCAAACAACGAAGAACAAGUUCAGGUGGCUGAGGAGUUGGAAGCUCUCAGUCCGGGAUCGGCAGAGACCGAAGCUCCGGAGGUGAUCGACCAGGACAAAGUGACCGAGGAAAGUUCGACGAAGAAGGCGGACCAAGAGGACAAGGAGACCCAGGAUCAGAGCACAGCCUUGGUGGCAGCAGUGGCCAAAACAGGAGAGAGCAACACGGAGAAGGUGCGAAACAGUUCCACCUGCAAGAAAGAGUGGGACAAGUUUGACCGCCAGAUCAAAGCUGGUGGUUUGCCAGGGGCAUUAGCCCCAUUCCUGAAGAAAAAGAAACAAGACAUCUUUGCUUUGUGGCUUGACAACAAAGAGGACUGGGACCGGGUUAGCUUUGAGGUUCAGAGGUGGCAGGAGCAGCGAAACCUGUCGAGGAAAGAGUGGACAGCAGUCCAGUACAAAGAACUUGAGAAGACCAUGGACUCUGAGAAGCUGGACAAGAUAGUGAAGAAGAGACAAGAGCAAGGCUUGACCUACCCGGACGAGGACUUUCCAGAAGAUCCUAAGGAGCUCUGGAUCUACAUGCCCAAGGGAAGGGUGGUUCGCCAGGAUGACAUCACAGGAGAAAAAGCCAACCUAUCUGCCAGGAAAAAGGUAAACGCUGAGCUGCAGUCAGCCCUGACUGCUGAAGACGGUCCUCUUCCAUGCGGUGCCAUGCCAGCAAUCAAAGCAGCUUCGGAGGCUGGUGUCAAGGCGCUCAUGGGUGCCUUGGAUGACGAGAACAAAAACAUCGUGAAGCCAAAGAAGCCGAAGAAAGCAGCAGAAACCGUGGAAGUGACGCCGAAGACACUGCUAGUCCUGGAUGAGGCCACGAAGGCACGUGCAAAAAGCAUCCAGCUGCAGGGCUUGGAAUUUGCAUCCGAGCUUUCGGGGCAUCUCAUGAAGCAUGGGGCUUCCAUGGAGACCUUCUACUCAGAUCUCAAAAGAACCCUUGAUUCCAAAAAUCCUGAUGAAGCAGCUGUCAAAAAGUUGAUUCAGAAGAUCAGUGUCAAGAUGGCGUGGUUCUCAAAGGCUGAGGCAUCUGCCAGUGCCAUGAUGAAGAAGCCCGGGAAGAGCAAGGUAGAUUCCAACGAAGAUCCUUUGGAGUGCACAGCGAGUGUGCUCUUGCCACAUGAGAUCCUUGGAGCUUUGUAUGACAGGGAUAAAGGGCAGGUUCGAGAUGGUGUCAACAAGACUAUCGCUAAACUCGUUGCGUGGUCCCUGCGCCACGCUUCAUUGGGCCGGUAUCCUGAUGUGGGUUUCUAUGGGGAACAAUUUGAGAAGAAUACGUACAGGGACAAGUUGAAAGGGAAAACAAUAGCUGGAAACUACAAGAGUGCCAAACGAGUUACACCCUGGGCUCAGGCGGAGGGGUUCCAAUUUGAGCACAUCUCCUAUGACGUGAUGCACUUGAUUUUUCUGGGUGUAGCGAGGAACCAUGUACCAUCAGCUUUGAAGCUGUUGAAAGUUCUGGGGUAUCAUUAUGAGGAGGGUGAGAGCGAUGACAAAUUCUUGCAAAGGGCCAGCAUGGAGAUGAAACAGGAAGACCCCAUUGUGCUCCAUUUGCAGCUAUGCUGUUGGUCCUUGGCACGAGCCAUCGAAAUCAUGGAUUGCAGCGGUCUGGUGAUGACCAGAGAUGACUUUUCAGAGAUGCUACACCUUCACCUGAAAUCUACUCAGAUCCUAGCUGGAUACUGUUGGCGUCGGCACCAUCUUAGCCAUUUGAUGGCCUUCACCGGCUUAAACAUCAGUAAGAAG